AUGACUGAACACCUGCUGAAAAUCCUGGUUGUCGGGGAUGGAAACGCCGGAAAAACCUCCUUUGUGCACCGAUACGUCAGCGGACAGUUCAACAAGACGUACAAGAUGACAGUGGGAGGUACGGCGGGUUCAAUUCCUUUCUAGAUUUCUAGUUUUUAUACAAACACGGUAAAAACUCUGUUCAUAUAAUCUUAUAUUUACUCUGAGUCUGAGGAGAAACCAUGAAAACAAUCACUCUCUCACUCAGAAACUGUUGUGCUUCAUUAUUACUUAAAAUGGGACCGUUAUAUGAAACAAGCAUCAUGCUGUGCUGAAAAAACACUGGGGCGCUGCCUCCUGCUGACCAUUAGGAGGUACUGCAGACGGAUUAGAGGGGAAUUACUGUAUAGUCAGCUCCAGUUCAGCUGAUUUGGAACCAUUGUUAUUGUACAGUCUGUUUUCCUCUUUUGUUGAAGAAACAGGGGCGGGUCUAGACCUUUUUAACUGGGGUGGCUCAACAGGGGCCCACAUGUAUGCAGGGGUGGCCUUAAAGGUGGGGUCAGCAGGAUUCUGUUAAAGAAGCAUCUUUUUUGUGGUGUAGUCGACAUUACAUUACACAUUAUUUCCUGGUAUUUUCAGGUGACGGUGACUUUUUUAAGUCCUUUCUCUGAUUCUGAAGUUUCACCAUCUCUUAACUAAAUCAUGUCUUUAAAUUUCCUGUGUUUCUAUUUCCGUCUCUUGAUUGAUCUCUGCUCAGUGGAUUUCUCCGUGAAGCUGCUGCAGUGGUCGGACAGAGAGAAGGUCCGUCUCCAGCUGUGGGACAUCGCAGGUAUGAACCUCAUCUCAUCAGACCGAUAGUUGACCUGAGGGAAAUGUUCAUGUCACGCUGAACACUCUGUCCUCCCUCCAGGACAGGAGCGUUUCAUAUCCAUGACCAGGAUCUAUUACAAAGGCGCGCUGGGCUGCGUGGUCAUGUUUGACGUCACCAGCUCGUCCAGCUUCCUCAGCUGUCGCCAUUGGAAACGGGAUUUGGACGACAAGGCCAUGCUGCCCAACGGACACCCCAUCCCCUGCAUCCUGCUGGCCAACAAGGUGAUUCAGAGCAGAGACAUCUAUGCAUGAUUUAUCACCGAACCUCCUGGCUCUGAGAAACUAUAAUAAGACACAGCUGCACAUUCAAAGUCAUUCAGAGUUUGCAGAACAAACUCAGACGUCAGAUUUAUCUCCUGAUGUUAAAGGACUAACUCUGUUUAUUUAUUCACGUUAUUUAUUCGCUCUGAAGUUCUAGAAUGUUGAGGGAUUGAAAAGAAUACUAAGUUGUAGUUCCAGAAUGUUGAAGGUUCCAAACAGAACUUUAAGAUGCAGUUCUAGAAUUUCAAAGGUUUGCAAAGAAUGUGGCGCUGUGGUUCUAGAAUGUUCCGGAUGAAUGUUCAGUUUCAGUUCUAGAAUUUUUAAGGGUGUCCAAAAUAAUGGAGUGUAGUUCUAGAAUGUUGAGUUGUAGUUCUGGAAUGUAAAAAUGUUCCUGAAAGAAUGUUCGACCGUUGUUCUAGAAUGUUGGUGGGUUUGAAAGAGUCUCGAGUUUUAGCUCUGGAAUUUUUAGGGUGUCCAAAAUAAUGGUUCGUAGUUCUAGAAUGUUGAGGGUUCCAAAUAGAAUGUUACAAUGAAGUUCUAGAAUGUUGAGGGAUUGGAAAAAAAUAUUAAGUUAUCGUUCUAGAAUGUGUGAGAAUUUAAGAUUUAUUGUUCAAGGGACAUGGCCUGACACCGUGACAUUGUGUGAGGAAAGAGCGACCUUUAGGAAACACUGGAGAUAAAAGAUAAAAAAUAGAAAAUGGUAAAAGGAAAGACUAAAACCUGAUGGACUAAAACAAGAAAACAGAAUCAAAUAAAAUGAACAAAUAAGUAAGAGCUCUUGACCAUGUAAAAAGGUAAAAACCUUGAAGGCGGGAGUUAAUAAAAAAACUAAGAACAGAGAUAAUUAAUAAGAUUACAUAAAAGAAACAUGAAGAACUUCGAUUAAAAUGAACAUUUGCUAGAAAAGAAAUAUAAAAAGGCAGUUAGGACGGACUGUGCUCCAGUAUCUGUGUUUUUAUAGUUCUGUUAUUGUGGUAUUUUACAUUGAUAUCUAUGUAUCUAUAUUUUGAAUUUUUGCAGUCAUGCUCUGUAACAUGCUUUUUGCCUGAUGACUCAUUCCUCUGCACAGAGCGUCACGUUUGAUCGUCAUUUUAAAGAGCAGAUAUUAUAGAGUGUGAUGAAGUGAUUUAGAAUUAAACGGCUGUAUUCAGGAUCGCUUCAGGCUGCGUUUGCUGUGUUAAAUGAACCGGGAGGACCUCAGGGUCCGUGAGGGUUGAUACAAUAAAAGUAAGUCAGAUAAAUAGGAGGGGCCAAGACCAUUAAUACAUCUAAAAACUAAUAAAAGAAGAUGCUAAAACUGGGGUCAUACGCUCUCACCCUCGUCAGCUCUCUUGCAGCUGAAUUUUGUAAUAGCUGAGGGUAAAUAAGUUCUUCCUGGGGAGACCAGAGAGCAGGGCGUUACAAUAAUCUAAACGAGAGGAGAUAAAUCAGUGUUAGAUGAACACUUUUAGGAUCCUCUUCCAGACAUUUUCAGAUGAUUAAAGUGUAAAAAAAACAAAAAACACAAACAGAAAGAGAGAGAGUUUCUUUUGUUUCUGUAGUUUUCUCUGUUUUUGUAGUUCUUAUAUUUCCAGUUGGGCUCUUAUUUUGAAAGUCUUUGCAUGAUCUUUAACGUGUGCAUCAUCUUGUAGUGAAACUUUUGAAAGUGUCAAACUUGUUUUUGCAGAGCUCUUUAUUUCCAGCGACACUAAACAGUUUUAUGAGCUGUCCUCAUGGUUUAUGGUUUCUGUGCAGAAACACUUCAGACUCUGACCAGCCGGGGUUUUUGCAUUGAACCUGCAGACAUAGAAAUAUUUCUCUAAGUGGUGCACCGACUGAAAAGAUAUUGAAAUGAAAAUAAAAAAGUAUGAAGAGCUUCAAUGACGCGUGAUUGAAAAUAUAAAUGAGGUUUUUUUUGUUUUAUCGGCUGUAAACCUUCAGCGAUUCAGGAGCUUUUCACCAUCAAUGCUGCAGGUAAAUAAGAGAAAUGAAAACAGAUGAGACCUGAACCUGAAACUGUUUAUCCGUCUGUCUGUCCUCAGUGUGACCUGGCUCAGAGGGAGGUGACAACAGACAGCAUCGAUAAGUUCAGUAAGGCCAACGGCUUCCUGACAUGGAUGGAGAUUUCAGUCAAGGAGAACAAGAACGUCGGAGAGGCCAUGAGGUGACCAGGACCAGGUUUUUAAGACUCUAAAUGAUGAGCGAGUCACUAUUUACAAGACCGCAGCUCAGUUACACUAGUGCAGAUAUUUCCCAUCAUGCAUCUGGCGGAAAUGCACAAGUAGAAAACCCUCAGUACUCACAUUAGAUUUCAAGAUUUCAAUGUGCAUGUUAAACAAGGUCAACAGUGCAAUGAAAUGCCCUGGAUGAGAGGACCGCUCGACGCAAAAAGAGUACAGAUAGAAACACAAUAAGUACUGAAGGAAUACAAUAAAAUAAGGAUACAAAUAAUAAAAUAAAAUUAUAAAAGAGAUAAAUAAAAUAAAACAAAAUAAAAUAUAUGAUUUAAUAAAAUAAAACAAAAUAUUAUAGAUAAAAUAAAACAAACAAUAUGAUUUAAUAAAAUAAAAUAAUAUAAAAUAAAUAAAUAUAAUAAAAUGAAAUAAAUAAAAUGAAAUAAAUAAAAAUAAAAAAUAUUGAUAUAUAAAAAAUAUUUAUUCGUAUAAAUUCAUUUGUCAUAAGAAACCCAGACAAUACAAGAACACAAACACAAACAUGUUUCUGUUAAACACAGACAGUUUCUCCCCUAAAAACUGAACUUCUGCAAAGGUUGUCUCAUCGUGUUAUGGUCAAAGGAUUUGCUUUUCUGAGUUUAGGUCAGAAAAUUUCCAGUCGAAGAAUUUGAGUUUCGCUUUUGUAACUUCAGCUCUUGUUGUUUCAGGAGGUUGGUGCAGGAGAUUUUGUCGGUUCAGUCCAGUCUGGACUCUCCCCAGCCCGACCCUCCUGAGGAUGUUUACCAUCUGACCUUAGAGAACAACAGCAGAGGAUUGAGAUGCUGCUGA